GCUCCGCUAAAUUGGCAAGAAGACAUCUGCAAGAAUACAAUAUGGCGAUUCUUGUAUACGACUUGGCUCCUUUAGUGUCAUUGAAGCCUAUUGUGGCCCUGCCGUUGUUGGCAGUCUCGUUGGGUGUACUUUACGUCGCCUACACUGUGGUUUACAACCUAUUCUUCCAUCCCUUGAGAAAGUUCCCUGGCCCAAAGCUUUGGGCUGUUCAUUAUGGGUUUUACGCUUGCCUGGAAUUAUCCGGCGACGGCCAUCGAAGAAUGGUAGAAGUCCAUCAGAAAUACGGUCCGGUUGUCAGAGUUGCUCCCGACCAUCUGGCCUUUUGUCACCCAGAUGCAAUCCACGACCUUUCGGGCCACCGCAAAUCUGGCCAACUGGAAAAUCCAAAGGAAACCGUUCGUUACAUGGCCAGCAGCGGCUCAAUCCUCGCAGCAAACCGUGAAGACCACUCGCGCAUGCGAAAGAGUAUAGCCAAUGGGUUUUCACAGCAAGCGAUGCUCAAUCAACAGCCUUUAAUUACAGUCUAUAUUAAUAUGCUCUUUGAACGCCUCCGCGGAUUUUAUGUUGACGAAAAAACAUUUGACAUAUCAUCCUGGUUCAACUACACGACUUUUGACAUUGUCGGCGACUUAGCCUUUGGCGAACCCUUUGGGUGUCUAAAAGAAUCUACUUACCACCCUUGGGUAGCAUUCAUCUUUGACUGUAUUAAAAACAUGGCGGUCGACUCAGCGUUUAGACGCAUGGGGUUCCUUUAUAAGCUUCUUGUCUUACUAACCCCAAAGUCUAUCCUCAUCAAGUAUAAAGAGCAUAGCGAAUUAUCCACGCAAAAAGUUCACCAAAGGCUAAGCAUUAACACAGAGCGAAAAGACUUUAUGGCAUCCAUGCUAGCCAAGAGUGGAAAAGACGCAUUGACUUUCCAUGAACUCUGUGCUAAUGCUACCAUUCUGAUUCUAGCCGGUUCAGAGACGACGGCGACGGCUCUUUGUUCAGUUACAUAUUACCUUGGUUUAAACCCUGGGCCGUUGAAUAAGUUGUGUGAUGAAGUGCGAUCUACUUUUAAAACAGAAGAAGAGAUUGAUAUCUUAAGCGUCGGUCGCUUAGAAUAUAUGCCCGCUGUACUAAAUGAAGCAAUAAGACUUCAUACACCAGGUCCUGGCACAGGGCCUCGAACUAUUAAUGAGAAUGGUGAUACAAUUGCAGGCCACUUUGUUCCCCCCGGAACCCAUAUUGAAAUCUGGUUUUGGACUGCGUUCCAUUUCCCUGAGUACUGGACUCGGGCUGAGGAGUUUAUACCAGAGCGAUGGCUGGGAGAUCCAGAAUUUAAGAAUGACAAAAGAGAGAUUUUUACUCCUUUUUCUGUUGGCCCACGAGGUUGCAUCGCCAAGAAUCUUGCUCUUACUGAAAUGCGCCUCAUCAUGGCUAGAUUGGUAUGGAACUAUGACAUUGAACUUGCUGAAGAAAGUAUUGGUUGGGAUAAGAGGUGCAAGUGCUAUAUUGCAUUCGAAAAGGGGCCUCUGUAUGUUCGCCUGAAGCCCAGAGCAUGAAAAAAGGACAGGACAGGACAGAGUUUGCAUUCAUUUAUCUAAACUUGAUGGCAUCCACCUUUCUAGGGGUGCUUCUUUUCUCUUUUUCUUUCUUUUUCAGCGUUGUUGGAGAAUAUCGCCGCUGAGCUAGGUAUCCACAGGGGAGAUGGGGUGGGAAUUGGUGCGAUGGAUUUAGGAGUGGUUGGAGCUCAGCCAGCGCUUCAUCUCGCUGUUUUGAGAGAUGCGAUUGUUUUCUGAGGGAUUUGACAGAAUUACCUAGGCAUUUACUUAUUCAAAUUUGUGCUUGUUCUGUUAGCAUAGCAAUACGAUAAUCUGGAUCAAAUUUUGGUGGCGUUUUAUUAGGCAGGUUUUAGGUAGGGGAACUUUAUCUUUCCGAA